AAUCUUUCUAAGUUUAUCAAGGUUUGUUUUUUGAAAAAUACACAUAAUCAUAUGUAAUAUCAAUGUCCAGAGUCUAUCUUUUCCAGCUUUGAAAAUGGUUGCAUUUUUCCAACAGUGCAUUUCCAAUAUCCUAAAAUUGGGUCCCAUCUCUGCCUAAAAGUUUCAUAUUUGUUUUUGUACUCCACCUGCUCAUCAAAAUCACAUUUUUUUUGCAAUCUCUUUACAGUUCAUUUUCAAUCAUGCAUAAAAAAUAAAUAAAAUAUAUGCUCUUUUCUGUUAUUCUAAUACCAUUCAAUCACUCCUCAAAUCUUGUUGUUUUGGUCAAGUUUUUAAUGCUCACUCGUUGAUAAGGCCCAAAAGGGCACCCUCGGAUUCUUCUUUCUUGGGUUAUGGUCAAGGUGGUAAUCUAUGCCGGCUACUUGAAUUUCUGGGCUCUUGACUUAUCAUUUCAGCAUAUGCAAGUAUGCUUGAACAGGAGAGAUUCCUCUAUGGUUCUGCUCUCCUGCUAUGUAUCUCUCUCGGGUCUUUGCUUUUUGGCGUUGUAGCUUCAGAAAUUACAUUGGGUUCAAAACUAUCUGUAGAAGAAGAUAAUUCAUGGGUUUCUUCUAAUGGUGAUUUCGCUAUUGGAUUCUAUAACCACCCUGAUCGGCCAAGCCAGUUUGGUAUUGGCAUUCGUUUCAAUUCGAAGUCAAUUCCUGUUGAUAAACGGACAGUGGUUUGGGUUGCCGGAGGUGAUGUUUCUGUUAGUAACAACUCCUAUUUCCAGCUUCAAAAGAAUGGAGAAUUGGUUCUUUUUGAUGCCUCGCAGAGUCAAGAGCAGUGGACCAGCAAAACAAGCCAACUAUCUGUUGCAUCAGCUUUUCUUCGUGAUGAUGGUAAUCUUGUCUUACUGAAUGAGAAGAAAGAUAUAGUUUGGCAAAGUUUUGAUUAUCCAACAGAUACGCUUCUUCCUGGCCAGAGAUUUUAUGCUUUUAGUACAUUGAGAGCUGCCGGGCAAAAUGAUGUUUCAAGUUUAUAUACCCUCUACAUGAAUGUUUCGGGUCAGCUACAGCUAAGGUGGGAAAGCAGUAUCAUAUAUUGGAGCAGCGGAAGACCUUCUCAUUCAAAUCUCACCGCUGUUCUGACUUCUAGUGGAAGCCUGCAACUUGUGGCCCCAAAUUUGGGACCUAUUUGGUCUGUGUUUGGAGAAGAUCAUGAUGACACUGUAAGAUUUAGGUUCCUCCGGCUGGAUGUGGACGGUAACUUGCGGAUAUUCUCAUGGGUAGAGGUUUCACAAACAUGGAGAUCAGUCUGGCAAGCUGUUGAGAAUCAGUGUACUGUCUUUGCAACUUGCUAUCAGCAAGGCAUCUGUGUAUUCAAUGCAUCUGGUUCCCCUGUUUGCACAUGCCCAUUUCACCACACAGGACAGUCAAACUCAAAAUGUUUGUUUUCAUCUCAGCAUGACUGCAAAUCAGGGUCCAUUAUGGUUGAGCAAGCCAACAUGUUUCUUUAUGGAUAUUACCCAGUCAAUGAUUCUAUCUCCAUAACUAGUAUAAACCAGUGCAAAAGCAUGUGCCUCAAUGACUCAAGUUGUACUUCUGUGACCUUCACAAAUGAUGGAAGUGCAAAGUGCAGGAUGAUGAAAACUCCGUAUGUCAGUGGUUAUUCAGUUCCCUCUCUUAGUUCGAUAUCUUUUGUUAAGAGUUGUUCAGACCCCAUAGCUGCUGAUCCCAUCAUCCCAUUGAAGUCUCCACCACAAGCACAGAAGGAGUCUUAUAAGAUUUGGAUUCCUUGUCUAGUUGGAGCCGCCUCUGGCACAUUUGUUGUUUUUGUUGUGAUUCAGUUGGCAAUGGGUUUUUACCUACAUAAAAGAAGAAACUCUUACAGGAGACUAGCUUCUUUAGCUUAUUCCACUCCUGGUUCAAAAUGUUUAAUCAUGUUAUCCUUCACUGAGAUCAAGGACCUUACAGGGAAUUUCAACCACCAAAUUGGGCCAAAGAUGUUCAAAGGUGCCUUACCCAACAACCAACUGGUCACAGUCAAAGAGCUGGAAGCAACCACUGAAGCAAGAAAAUUCCGAGCUGCAGUGUCAAAGAUAGGAAGCAUUUAUCACAAAGGUCUUGUCAAGCUGGAAGGCUAUUGUUGCGAGUUAGAUCACAGGUAUUUAGUCUAUGAAUUUCCCAAGAAUGGUUCUGUGGAGAAAUACAUAGAAGAUUCAACAUUGGCUGAGAGACUGACUUGGAGAAAGAGAAUGGAGAUUUGCUUAAGUGUCGGUAGAGCCAUAUUUUAUUUGCACACAGAGUGUAGAGAAUUUUUAUGCCAUGGAAAUUUGAAAUGUGAAAAUGUAGUCCUUGAUGAAAAUUUUGAGGCUAAAGUGAAUGAAUUUGGAUUUCGGAUGCUUUAUGGUGAGGCAUCCUCACAUAGGGCUUCGGCAGAGAAAGAUGUGGAGGAGUUUGGCAAGAUUGUUAUGACACUAGUUAGCGGGAUUAAAGAAGUGAAUGAUGUUGUUGGUUGGGCUUACAAGGAAUGGUUGGAAGGUCAUCCGGAGAAUGUAGUAGAUAAAAGACUUGAGGGCGAAGUGGAUAACGAGGAACUGGAGCGUGCAUUGAGAAUUGCAUUUUGGUGCCUUCAAACUGAUGAACGUGUGAAACCUUCCAUGGGGGAGGUAGUGAAGGUGUUGGAGGGCACACUUCCUGUUGAUCCUCCUCCACCACCGUUUACCUGUUGGAGAUCACCGAGGGAGGAAGAAGACUCAUCAGAAUUAGGCUCAGAGUCAGAGACAUAGGGUUGUAAUGUACAAGUGAUAAUUUUCAUUGAUUUUUCCUUUUCAAUUUUGUACAGUAGGACUAACAUUCACAGGAAUGACACUCUUGAGGCUUAGUUCCAAAAAGGGACAUGCCAUUUUUUUCCCCAUCUGAUGUUAGUGCGGAAGCAGCGUUCCUUUUGUCAAAUCGUCAUUCUACUCUUCAAUAUUGAGGCUUGGCUUGCAUCAA